AUUGCCUAAAUAAACAAGCAAAGAUGGAGAUUGGAACUGAAAUAAGCAAGAAAAUACGAGCUGCUAUCAAAGGCAAACUGCAGGAGCUAGGCGCCUAUAUUGACGAAGAGCUUCCUGACUACAUCAUGGUGAUGGUAGCAAAUAAGAAAACCUCCCAGCAGAUGACUGAAGACCUCUCUCUGUUCCUUGGAAACAACACUAUUAAGUUUACAACUUGGCUUCAUGGUGUCCUGGAGAAACUAAGAUCUGUUGCUGGAGAGCCAGCAUCUCUAAGGCAACUGGAGUCUGAUGCUGUUCCUGUACUUGGGAAGAGUCAAUCGUCUGUAAAUGAAAAUGGCAGAGGGGACGACUUGAAGCUGCUAGCGGUCUCCAGCUCACGGACUGAUAGGAUUGAAGCUCCUGUGUCGAGUUCUGCUUAUGACAGCAGGAAAGGGAUGCUGGGAAAGGGCUUCUCACGACACACCUCAGCUGUUAAGUCUAGCACGGAGCCUCUCCCUUCAGAAGCUGUUAUUGAUAUCAAACCUGAGAUGGACGAUGAUCUCAUUGCUGAAGAACCUGUAGAAACGAGACAAGGUCGCAUCCGUGGAGCUACAGGUCGGCCAACUGCUGAGAUCUACAGACCUGGUCAGACUAGGUUUACUUCUAUGAGCUCUCUGGAGUUGUGUCGACCGACAGAAGGAUCCUCUAGUAUAAGGCAGCAGGACGGACGGAGCAGCAGAGCAUCCAGAGCAGGGCUGAGCAAGCAGGAGGAGAUGUCACGGAAAAGGAAGGCUCCCGUGGCGAGCUCUGUCGUUCGAGUGAACAGAGCAGACGAGGAAGACGAGGAAGAAAGUGAUGAUGCAGAAGAAGAUGACCCGAGUUAUGGCAGCAGAAGCCUCUCCAGCAGAGUGUCGCUUCCCUCCAAACCUGAGCGAAAACCGACUCUCCCACCAGCCAAACAAGCCAACAGGAAUCUCAUCCUGAAGGCCAUCUCUGAGGCUCAGGACUCAAUCACCAAAACUACAUCUUAUCCUGCAAUGCCACAGAGACAGACGGUUCCUGUGGCGCCUCGUACGCGCUUGGCCAGCAGCGAAGAGAUAUCUGCAGCCAUCCAGCUGAUGCACAACCUAGCCCCCAGAGUGGAAGCAUACGCCGCUGUGGAGCAGCCUGCCUCCAGAACACCAACGAGAUCAUUGGCUUCACGUCUUCAGUUAGAGGCCGCUGAUACACAACAUCAGAUUGAAUAUGCUGUGGAAACCCCUGCUGGCUGUGAGUCAAAGACCUCAGAUACGCGCUCUUUCAUAAUGAGUCGGCCGACCUUGGAGGAACCGUCUGUCCAAAGUCAGCAACAAGUCCAUACCCCAGCUUUGCCACGCACAGUCCAGGCCAGGGAGGGAGUUGACUCCUCCAGUCCAAAGUUCAUUGUGACGUUAGACGGUGUUCCGAGCCCGCUGGGUAACCUUCUAGACGGAGACAUGGAUUUGGAUGAUGUGAGACCAUCAGCAAAGGUUACAGAGGCUGCCGGCCUGCCGGUUUACAGGGAGCCCAAAGUCAGCAUCCUCAGCAGGUUACAGGGUGUGGUCACAUCAUCAGAAGAUGAAAGGAUGGAGAUGGAGAUGGCAGGUGAGGAUGAUGUCCCUAUGAAGAAGCAGAAGGUUAUGGAGCGCUGCAAGUUCUGGCCUGUCUGUAAAAGUGGAGAUGAGUGUAUGUACCAUCACCCAACAGCACAGUGCAAGACUUUCCCAAACUGCAAAUUUGGAGAUAAAUGCCUUUUUGUGCAUCCUAACUGUAAAUAUGACGCUCGCUGCGCAAAGCCAGACUGUCCCUUCACUCACGUUAGCCGCAGAGGUUCUGUUGUUCCUCCACCCAGAACAGCUGUGCAACCAAACCAGAAUGCAACCGUGUGUCGCUUCUUCCCAGAGUGCAAGAAAGUGGACUGUCCCUUUUUUCAUCCAAAGCCUUGUCGUUUUGCCACGCAGUGUAAAAGAGCUGGGUGUACCUUCUACCACCCAACAGCAGCUGUGCCUCCCAGACACGCCCUGAAGUGGACGAAAGACAGAGCAGCUAAUUAAGCCCAGAGAGUCAUGGUCAGUUGUCAAGCUGUGGAAGAUGUCCAUCAUUUGUGUUUCCAGGACAUUAGAUGGAACAUUUAAUUAUGGUUUUUUUUAGUGUAUUAUUUGAACUGAUUUUUAAAAAGUGUCUUUUGUAAAAUGAAAGUGAGUUUCUGCUGAUGUACCCAGUAUAUUAAAGGCUCAGCAAUGUUUCUACUUA